CGGACCACGUUGCGUCCUGUUGCAUGCAGGCCUAUGUAAAUUUUAGUGGCGGAGGCAUGGCGCUUAAGCCAAAGAUAGAGUAACAAAUCAGGAAUUUCCCUUCUGCCACUCCAGAGAGCGCAAGAGAAGGACCAAAGUUACGCACGGGCGCGUUUCCCAGGGAGGAUAUUGGAACUCAUCUGUUGAGCUUAGUUAAAAGAAGAAAAAGUUUGACAAAAAUCUAAACAACCUUGUAGACAAGUUAAGGGGAUUUUUGUUUUCUUUUCAUAGGGUGUUAAGCAUUUUGCAGGAUCAUAAUGGAUUAAACUUCACACACAAGAAGCAUCUAGAAAACCAAAAGUUUGGAUUUUGUGUCCUUUGUCUAUAUAAUUGAAGCUACCGUCGGGAUUGCUGGGUUUUGCUGCAGCUUAGGUGCUGGGACACCUAAAGACCGUGGAUUUAAAGUAUUUUUUUUUUAUUCCCUGGCCACGUCUGGAUUAUGAAAGAAACAGUAGUGGAAAAACGAGAAGUGAAACCUCGCUGUUAAACAGAGCUGGAGAAAAGGAAAUGUGGAGUGAGAGUGGCGUCUACUUUUAGGAUGCUGCUGCUCUUACAAUGGAAAUGAAGAACUCUUUUAAUGCCGUUUCGCUGCUUUGUCUUUUCUUUUUCUCCGUUUCCAGCCAGGAACUGAACGCUAAAGGCAGGAAUGUGUGCAGAGCACCCGGGUCAUCAGGAUUGGUGUGCUGCAGUGGAUGGGGGCAGCUAGGAGAUGAAUGCCUGACACCCAUCUGUGAAGGGAACUUCACCUGCAAUGAAAAUGAGGUGUGUGUCAGGCCAAAUGAAUGUCGCUGCCGACAUGGAUAUUUUGGACCCAGCUGUGAUGCAAAGUGUCCUCCAAAGUUCUGGGGCCCUGACUGUAAAGGCAAAUGCAGCUGUUUUCCUAAUGGCCAGUGUGAUGACUUGACUGGCAAGUGCACCUGCAACCACAAUCGUUGGGGACCCAAAUGUGAAAAUGCCUGUCAAUGCCAAAAGGGUACUUGUGACCAAGACACAGGAAAAUGUGCAUGUCACCCUGGGGUGUGGGGUUCACUUUGCAACAACAACUGCUAUUGCAGUGUGAACUCUGUCUGCGAUGUCAAUAAUGGGCGAUGUCUGUGUCAUCCUGGAUGGAUGGGAAGAAACUGUGCAAUUCAAUGCAACUGCAAUGGCUCGCCAUGCGAGCAGUACACAGGGCGCUGCCAGUGCAAGGACAGGACGUGGGGUUUGCGGUGUGAUAGAUUAUGUCAGUGUGUCCACGGCAAGUGCAACAAGGCGGACGGCUCAUGUACCUGCACACCAGGAUACCGUGGGAAGUUUUGCAGGGAACCAUGUCCUGCUGGAUUUUAUGGCCAAAACUGCAGAAACAGAUGUGGACACUGCAAAGGUCAGCAGCCUUGUAAGGUGACAGAGGGACGGUGCAUCACCUGUGAUAGAGGUUGGAACGGAACACGGUGUGAUCAGCUCUGCUCCAAAGGCUUCUUUGGGGAAAACUGCCAGGAAGUGUGUCCCACCUGUAAGGAUGGACAUCACUGUGACCCUAUUCAGGGGAAGUGUUCUCACUGUAAUCCUGGCUGGAUUGGGGACAGGUGUGAGGUACGCUGCCCCAACGGCACGUAUGGUGAGAACUGCGAGAACAACUGCAGCCACUGUUUUAAUGGCAUAUGUCAUUUUGUUACUGGAGAGUGCCUUUGUGACCCAGGCUUUUAUGGCACCUACUGCAAUAAGACUUGCGAACCUGGCCAAUAUGGAGUCAACUGCAACCAAACCUGCUACUGCAAUGACAAGAAUUGUGAUCCCGUCUCUGGUGCCUGCUAUCUCCAGCCCAACCAACGGAUGGGUGUGAUUGCAGCUGGGUCCCUGGUCUCCUUUUUACUGAUUGCUCUUCUCUCCUUACUGUGCUGCUGCUGCCUCUGCAGAGACAAAGACGACCACAACAAAAAAGCCAAGAGGAUUUUGUGCGGACGAUUCAGCCGAAUCAGCACUAAACUUCCCCGUAUUCCACUGAGGCGACAGAAACUGCCCAAAGUAGUCGUAGCACACCACGACCCAGAGAACACCUUUAACUGCAGCUUCAUUGAGCCCCCAUCUGUGGCUGAGCAGCCCUCCCCCUCGUCAUGGUCCUCUCAGGAGUCCUUCUCUUCCUUUGAGAGCGGAGAUGAAGGGCCUGUUUACUGUGUUCCACAUGAAGAAUCCACAAGUGAAAGCAAAGAGAAGCAGAGUCUCAACCCUGUGGCUGAAGACUCAGAGGAUGACCCGUACAAUGAGGAUGCAGGGGAGUACACAUGUCUAAAAGACACAAGUGUACCCAAUGUGGAAAGCAACGAGCAGUCUAUACUCAAGUGCUCUGACAGUGACGUUUCAAAUAGCGGGUCUGAGUCUGCCGUCCAAUAUGCCUGUAUUGCCCGUCCGUCUAAGCAGUCCAAGGAGGAGGAAUGUAAUGGCAAGGAUACUGAUGGUACCCCUACACCAGAAGCCAAGAGUCAUGGAAAACCACCCCCUUCCCCUGGCAAGUCCAAGCCAAGACCACCAGAUCCAUCUACUAAACCUAAAGUAUCAUGGAUACAUGGAAAUGCAACAGGGUCACAAACGCCAGAGCAUCAAGGGGGAAAUAGGGCACUUGCAGGAUCAAACGAAAAAAAGAGGAGCUCUAGUGAUGGCUCGUCAAGAAAUGAGGAACGUAAUAAAAUAAAAGAAAAGAGUCGAGGCCAACAAAAGAAACAUGAUGGAAAUGAGACCAGUGCAAAUGGAUCCCCUGGCAAACACAAACAGAUACAAGGUAAAAAUUCUGGUGAUGAGCACAGCAGUCCAAGUCACAUGGAGCACAUCAAUGGUGUUGUUCAAAAUGCCCUUAAGAUGAUAAGCAGCUUCCGAAGCUCCUCACCUGAAAAAAAGAGUGUUGAAAAUCCAAAACAGAGCUCUAAAGAGCCACCCAAGAGCCCUAAAGUCAUCCACCCUCAUAUGAAUUCUGAGGCGGCCACAUUACUGGCUGCACAGCUCAAGGAGAAAACUCAGAGCAUUAACAGGAACGAGGGGACAGGACUGACAAAGACCAAUGGUCUCUCCCUACCUAAAAAUAAUCAAGAAAAGCCCACACCACCACAAAAAGCCAAGAGGACCAACUCCAGUGGACUUAGCCAACAGGGCUCAACCAAGCCCUUGCUGCCCACAACAAGCAACCUCCAGAAAAUGGUGGCACCUAUCACCAACAGUUUUGGAACCCCCGACACUAAGAGCCCGGAGAAGCAGGACUUGAACGGCUCCAAGAUGGGGAACCUGCUGGAUCCUUCACCAAAGAAGACUCCCAUAAAAAAGCCACCAAGGAACAAAGGCAAAGGUAGUAAUCUUGAUACACCUGAUGGUAAAACACCCCAGCAAAAAACAGCCAUAAUGCCACCACAGGUUGUGAAGUAAAUGGUUGAGGAAUUUCUGAACAUAUAUUUUUUUAUAAGACUGAAGUUUUUGUUUCAUACUAGCAGCAACAUAGGUUUUUAAUUAAGGAACAACAUGAGGGCAUUGCCUCCAGGACCACUGAGAAAUAACCUCUGAGAUAAACGGCACCACAGGAGAAAGGGGUUUUAUGAUAACCAUGACGCGUUUGUUACAUUUCAAGAAUCAUCUUUUUGCCUCUACAUGUAUUGAAGUCACAGCACAACCUGGUCUAAAGUUGAACAUAACUCUGACCAGAGAAAUUAUUUAAAAGUUCAUUCAUCUCAGCUGCUCUGCAGUGAGCACACAAUUAUAUGUAUGUACCACGUGGAGAAUAAUUAUUGACUCCAUCAAUAGUUUUUUUUGCUGCAGAUUCAUUUUUAAUAAGCUUCUUGGAAUGGAAUUCACAUAGAAUGUCUGUAACAACCAAAGUAAAAUGAAAAGAAUUACCAAAUUAAAGCAAAUUAGACAUCAAGUAUGCUCUGACGACUAGAAACUAACUUUGUCUGUGUUCUCUAAAUUCAUAAGAGCAGCAUGCAUGGCAUAGCAAAGGUUAUCGGGAUAAUUCCAGCCUUUUAGUUUCUGUUUGUUUUUUGUUUGUUUUUUGCAGAUUGUCUGAUAUUUAAGCUUUAAAUUAAACCAAUAUGGCUAACUAUUUUUAUCAGAUUUUAUGCCCGUGUUUUUUUUUUGUGUAGAGAUACAUUUUAAUGUCCAUAAUUUGCCAAAUGAAUAGUAAAGUCAACUGGUACGCAAAUAAAUAUGAGGAAAUUCAAAUUGCUUGUUAAGAUUUCUGAUGAUUUUGGAAAUGUUAUCUCCAAGUGCAGAUCUCAAAAUGAAUACAUCUAUAUCUAUGGGUUUUAUUGUGGAAUACCAAUAAUAGACUAAUUCAGUCAGGUAGAAAAGCAGCUUUUACAACUUAAACUGUUAAACAUAUUUGUGAGGAAAGCAUUGGUAAUAAAUGUGCCUUUGGGAAUUUUUUUCUCAGACGAAAAACAGGACAUUAAAAUAUUUUUUUAUCCCACUUCACCAAGGUACAAGUCAUUUCUUUCUAUUUUUUUCAGCAUUUUACUUGUAUACGUUGUGUACUUUUUAUUAUCUUUGUAAGCUGUGCUUAUAUGACCUUGUGGGUUCCUUUUUUGUGUCAAUGAACUGGCUUUCAUUUUGUAUUUGCUUUUUUUGCUAUGUUACUUGUUUUUGGCUCAUAAUCAAAUCUGUAGUAAGAGUACUUUCCUUCUGUAAAGUUUACAUUGGCUUUAUAAUUGUUCUCUGUUGAUGUUAUUGUUUGUUUAACACUUAACUGCAUGACGCAGAGUGUAAUUAUAUGGCAUUAUAGCUGCAGAGGAAAUCUGUAACCAUCCUUUUUUUUUCUGUUUGUUGUUACAGCCUCCAAUAAGUAAAUCCAAUACAAACGGUAUUGUACAAUACUUCCAUAAUACCACUGUUGUAAUAAUUACAUAUACCUAAAACCAUAAUACUGUAUACAUAUUAAGUCCAGUAUAUUGCCUGACUGGCCCUUGCCUGUUUUAAUUGCCUUACGACCUAUGUUUGUAAAGAAGGGCCUAAUAAACUGCCAAACCGCCAUGGCCUGUACGUUUUUUUUUUUUUUUCUGUUGUUUUUGUGCCACUUUGUUUGCUUAAAGUGUAUGGUUGUAAAAGUAUGUUUUCAAUUCAUUAUUUGAAUAAAGAAGCAAUACAUCUAGCCAAAG